AUGGCGGCACGGUCUAUGAUACCGUUCCUCGUGGGCAUGAUGCUUCUGACUGGUUGCUGUAACACUAUCCUUACAAAGUACCAGGACAUGCAAUGCGUCCGAAAUUGCGACCAUCCCGACGUCUCGCGCCGCGCUUACUUCAACCAACCUGUCCUCCAGACGGCUCAAAUGUUCGUCGGCGAGAUGGGCUGCUGGUUGGUGGUUGGCAUCAUGGCGCUGUGGCGCCGUUACGUCUCUCGAUCGACACCUCAAGGCGACGGAUACGAGGCGGUUAGCACUGAUGAUACCCACGCCGAUGAGGCGAGGACAUCCCUCGUCAACGACACGAGUGAUAGGGGCUCAGCGACAGGCGACGCGAUACCGAAUUCUCCUAGGCUACGUGGUCGAUUGCUUCUUCUCCUUGCCCUGCCGGCAGUUUCCGACAUUUGCGGCACCACGCUCAUGAACAUUGGCCUGCUUCUUGUGGUGGCCUCUAUCUAUCAAAUGACAAGAGGCGCGCUCGUUCUCUUCGUCGGAAUCUUCAGUGUUGUAUUCCUACGGCGACAUCUCCAUCUGUUUCAGUGGCUCUCUCUGGCAGGCGUCGUAACCGGUGUUGCCAUUGUCGGCUUGGCUGGAGCCAUUUAUCACGAAGAAACCGAUGACGAAUUCAAGGGUGACGCGUCGCUCAUGCAGACAGUCCCUACCUCAAGCGCCCUUCUUUCUGUCAUUGGUGUCCUCCUCAUUGCUGGAGCCCAAAUCUUUACUGCUACCCAGUUUGUGCUGGAAGAGUGGAUCCUAGAGCGUUGGGCGAUUGAGCCUAUCCAGGUUGUCGGCUGGGAGGGUUUGUUUGGUUUCGUUGUCACACUCGUCGCUAUGGUAGUUCUUCACGUCGCCGUGGGCAGUACAGAUGCCGGUCGCUACGGCUUCUUUGACAUGGCGGAGGGCUGGAGACAGAUGACAUCGGACAGAAGAAUCGCCAUCUCCAGUCUCCUGAUUAUGAUCAGCAUUGGCGGCUUUAACUUCUUCGGACUGUCCGUUACGAGAAGUGUCAGUGCAACCUCACGAUCGACCAUCGACACGUGCCGGACACUCUUCAUCUGGAUAGUGUCUCUCGGUCUUCGUUGGGAGACCUUCAAGUGGCUGCAGGUUGUUGGCUUUGCGCUGCUUGUCUACUUCACAUUCGUCUUCAAUGGCAUUGUGCAGCCACCCUUCAAAGCGUUACGACCUGAUGAGGAGAUUGAAGAGCUGUUGCCAGAGGAUCCUAUUCAACAUUAG